UCAACCAAUCAGCUCCAUUCCGGACCGGAAGCUGUGUUGUUUACAUUUUCUAAGAUGGCGGCGGGGAUGUAUUUGGAGCAUUAUUUGGACAGCAUAGAAAACUUGCCCUUUGAGCUGCAGAGAAACUUCAAUUUGAUGAGAGAUCUAGAUCAACGCACAGAGGAUCUAAAGGGACAGAUAGACUCUCUGGCUAAAGAAUACACAGCCAACGCCCGGACGCUGUCCUCUGAACAGAAGCUGUCCAUACUGAGGCAGAUUCAGCAGUCUUACAGUAAAUGCAAAGAGUUUGGAGAUGAUAAGGUGCAACUGGCCAUGCAGACCUAUGAAAUGGUCGACAAACACAUCCGACGUCUGGACACAGACCUGGCUCGGUUUGAAGCUGACUUGAAGGAAAAGCAGAUAGAGAGCACGGACUAUGAUUCCACCUCGAGCAAGGGCAAGAAAAUUGAAACCAGACUGAAGGAAAAGAAGACGGCGAAGACCAGAUCUAAAGUGAAGAGCUCGGAUGAAGAUGGCAGCCCCAAGAGUGCACAGAAGAAAGUCAAACUCCUUCAGCCAGGAGAAUUCAACAGCCCUGCCACUAACUUUGGGAACGUGCACCCUUCUGAUGUGCUGGACAUGCCGGUGGACCCCAACGAGCCCACCUACUGUCUGUGUCAUCAGGUCUCCUACGGCGAGAUGAUCGGCUGCGACAACACUGAUUGCUCCAUUGAGUGGUUCCAUUUUGCAUGCGUGGGCCUGACAACCAAACCCAGAGGCAAAUGGUAUUGUCCACGAUGCUCUCAAGACAGAAAGAGAAAAUAAGAACUGGAACAAAAAGUGGACACUGAUCAUGGAAGAUGAGAAGAAUAUUUCUUCAUUAGUUACUACAGUAGAGUUUUUGUUUCUCAUAUUCCUUAACGUUUGGUGCUUUUUCUUUCCGUUGACGUAAUUUGCCUUGGUCUGAUGCAGUGCGUGUGAAGGAGCCAAGUGGUUACAAGUGUAUUUAAAUAUUGAUUUUUUUUUUUUAAACGGUUAACCAUAUUUUUUGCUUUUUUUGUUACCUUUGGUGCUCUUAUUUUAUUCCUUUUUUUACAUUUUGUUUGACUUGAUUGAAUUAUAAACACUACGACUGCCCCUAAUGGUUUAACAUUUACAAGUUGUCAAAAACACUUUAUAUUAUAGUCACAUGUAUGAUUACAAAAUGUAAGUAUUAUCUCUGAAAACAGUUAGACCAUGGAUACUUUAUUUUGCUUUGUUGUAUAGUUAGUUCUUUGUGCUUAGCAUUGGAACACUAGUUUUAUGUUUUAAGUAAAACAAGAGGGCAAAA